AUGAUACGUCGCGCUGUUGGGGGUAAGAGAAUUCGACUCGACGACCCAAUACCACCCGAAUAUGAAAAUCCACAAACUCCUAUGACUCCAGCUGGACAGGAAAAUGAAAUGGACGUUCAUGAAUCUUGGUAUGGACGAUUUUACAUAACAAACCCAUCUACACCACAAAAUAAUAGUACAGAAAUUUUUAAUGAAGCAGAUUAUGACAGAGAUAAUUCUUACGAUCAAAAUGAUCACGAUCAAAGUAAUGAUUUGGGACAAAUUGAUUAUGAAAAUCCAUCUACUCCAGUUCCUAGAAGAGUUACUAGAGCUCGUGCAAGAGGAGUGCAAAAUCCUCCACCUAUUCCUCCUAUUAAAAUUCAAAGUCUUAAAAGAGCCAUGGAAGAUGACUUAUCACCUGAACCCAAGCGACCUGCUAGAAAAAAAAGAGCACAGUAUUCAGGUGGUGGUUCAAGAAAUGAAGAAACAAGUUUAUACUACAUAAUAAUGCACUCUAAAAGUUCAUUACAGGGUACAGUCGAUGAGUGGAUUGAAAAUUAUAAAGUAAACAAAGAUGAUGCGCUUUUGGCAUUAAUGCAGUUUUUCAUAAAUGCUGCUGGUUGUAAAGGUAAAAUUACUCCUGAGAUGCAUAAAUGGGAACAUGCUGCUAUAAUUAGAAAAAUGACUGAGGAGUUUGAUGAGUCAUCUGGUGAAUAUCCUCUUAUUAGUGCUGGUCAACAAUGGAAAAAAUUUAAAAGUCAGUUCACAGAAUUUGUUCAAAUAUUAGUAAAACAAUGCCAAUAUUCAAUUAUUUAUGAUCAGUAUUUGAUGGAUAAUGUUAUUUCACUUCUAACUGGAUUGUCUGAUUCACAGGUUAGAGCCUUUCGUCACACAGCAACUCUUGCAGCUAUGAAAUUAAUGACAGCAUUAGUUGAUGUUGCCCUUACUGUUUCCGUUAAUACUGAUAAUACACUUAGACAGUAUGAAGCAGAACGACAAAAAGCGCAAAAUAAGCGAGCUACUGAUCGCCUGGAAUCAUUAUUAUUAAAACGAACAGAAUUAGAUGAAAAUAUGGAUGAAAUUAAAAAUAUGCUAACAUAUAUGUUUAAAUCUGUAUUUGUGCAUCGUUAUAGAGAUACAUUACCUGAAAUUCGGGCCAUUUGUAUGACAGAAAUAGGCAUAUGGAUGCGAAAAUUUCACACUAAUUUUUUAGAUGAUUCUUAUUUGAAAUAUAUCGGUUGGACACUUCAUGAUAGAGUUGGGGAAGUCAGGUUAAAAUGCCUUCAAGCUUUAAUUCCUUUGUAUGAAUCUGAAGAAUUAAAAAAUAAGUUGGAAUUGUUCACUUCUAAAUUUAAAGACCGGAUUGUCUCAAUGACUCUUGAUAGGGAUUAUGAUGUUGCAGUUCAAGCAGUUAGAUUGGUUAUAUCCAUUUUAAAACAUCACAGAGAUAUUUUAACAGAUAAAGACUGUGAACAUGUGUAUGAAUUAGUUUAUUCUUCUCAUCGAGCAGUGGCACAAGCUGCAGGAGAAUUUUUAAAUGAACGUUUAUUCACACCUGAUGAAGAAUCGAACGCUAUUGUUCGCACAAAGCGCGGAAAAAAACGAUCUCCCAACACUCCUCUUAUACGCGAUUUAGUGCAAUUUUUCAUUGAAUCAGAAUUACACGAACACGGUGCUUAUUUGGUUGAUUCUUUAAUUGAUUCAAAUGCUAUGGUCAAAGACUGGGAAUGCAUGACUGACUUACUUUUAGAAGAUCCGGGCCCAACGGAAGAAGCUUUAGACAACCGGCAAGAGACUUCUCUUAUUGAAAUAAUGGUGUGUGCCAUAAAACAAAGUGCUACAGGUGAACCUCCCGUAGGACGAGGUAGCACGAGGAAACUUCUUUCCCAGAAAGAAUUCAAAGCUAUUCAAGAAGACAAGCAAAAAUUAACGUCUCAUUUUAUAAUUACAUUACCGAUUCUUCUUGAUAAAUUCAGCUCGGAUCCCGAAAAAUUAGCAAAUCUUCUUUACAUUCCCCAACACUUUGAUUUAGAAUUGUAUACAAAAUCAAGGCAGGAAGCUAAUCUUGAUUCAUUAUUAUUAAAAAUAAGUAAGAUAAUUGAAAAACACGAAGACACGGAUGUUUUGGAAACUGCCGCUAAAACUUUAGAAAAACUAUGCUACGAGAGUCAUGUAAAUUAUACUAAAUGUCAAACAUCCAGGUGUACAAUGAUCGAGUCGAUAGUGACCAAAUACAAAGAGGCAAUAGAUGAAUGGAAUUCUCUGAUAGCAGCUCAUGACGACGUACCCAACGAUGAUGAAAUAUUUAACAUAGAAUCCAGUCUUAAAAAAAUUGAAAUUUUUUAUUCUUGUCACGAUUUGGGCAAAUGGGAAUUGUGGGAUAUGCUGUAUAAAGAUGUCGUCGACUGUUCAAAAAAUGAAAUGAAAUUACCCGAAAGAGCCAUGAAAAGUUGCAUAGGAGCAACAUUUUUCGCUUUGCAGUGGGAGCUUUCGCACAUAGAAGAAAUAUUAUCGGGUGGGGGAACGGCCGAACGGGAAAUAUCUUUACUUCGACUAAGACUGAAUGAGUAUAUGGGAACAAUGAAAGAAAUCAUUUUAAAUUCCGAAUCCGAAUUGUUUCAAGAAGAUGCUUAUAACGUCAUUUGCGACUUUCUUAUUAUAUUCUGUGAAAGGCUGGGUUCUAAUCCAUCUUUAAGCUGUUUGAUUUAUCAAGCGGAUAGGCAACUUCAAGAAUUGUUAAAUAAUUUUAUUCAAAAAUAUGUUUUUGUUGCCGAAGAAGAUGCCACUCAAGAUGAACAUUCUAAAAUUGAAGACUUGCACAAGAAGAGAAAUUUCCUUGCGUCAUUUUGCAAGCUGAUAGUGUACAAUAUAAUCCCCGUUCAAUGCGGUUCCGACGUUUUCAAACAUUACGUUAAAUAUUACAAUCAGUUCGGUGAUAUUAUAAAGCACACCGUGGGUAAAACGAGAGAAAUAAACAAAACAAGUUGCGCCAUAACGAUGGUUAACAGCUUGAUAACACUCUUCCAACAACUGCAAAGGGAAAAUAGCAAAAUAAACAAGCAAAGCGAAGAAUAUCUUAAUAUAAAAGAAUUGGCGAAAAGAUUCGCUCUCAGUUUCGGUUUGGAUGCGAUUCGAAAUCGCGAAGCCAUAACCGUUUUGCACAGGGAUGGAAUUCGAUUUGCUGUGAAUCCUUUGGAAAACAUAGACGAUCCCACGGGACCCCCGCCUAAUAUUUUAUUUUUAGAUAUAAUCUCGGAAUUUACAAAUAAGCUUCUCAAGCAAGACAAAAGACUCGUUUUGCAAUUUUUAGAUAGAAAAAUUCACACGGGUAUGCCAUCGAGUCGGGGAGAAGAUUGGCAACCUCUCGUGUCUUAUAGAAAUACGUUAAUUCAAGGGGAAGCUGAUCAGCCACCGACAACUUCCAGAAGAGCUUAUAAGGCAAGAAAGAAAGACCUUGAAGAAGAACAUGUUGAAGAUGAAGAUUGA